AUGGGGGUCACACGGUCUCCUAAGUCCCGCCGCCCACUGUGCAGUGACCUGGUGCCAGAGUCUGCACCCCCAGGUGGCUUUUCCCCCGGGUCAAGCAUCCCCUCCCUGGCCAUCCUAAAGGACGCUGAGUGCACAUGUGAGUCGUUUGGGGGCCACAUGAACCAUGCUGCCCUCCCAGGCCACCCCACCCUCCCUCGAGUCAGUUGCUCCCUCUCCUGCACAGUGGCUGAGGGUGAUCUGCAGGCUGCUUUGGAGCUGGCCCUGUCGGCGGAGCGGGGCAUCUCUCAUGCCCUCAUGUCGGCCGAGAGGAAUGCUUCGGAGUGCGAGGCGGCGCUCCUCCGCGUCCAGACCGUGCUGCAGGCCGUCCACGAGCGGGCGAUGGCAGCGCUGGACUGGCGCGAUCCUCGCCCCCACCUCGUCCGCCUCAUCAGCGUGGUGACUUCGCCCAGCCACUUUGUGAGGGACCUGCUGGAGCGCGUGGGGACAGACGCCGGCCUGAGCCCACAAGACCUGCUGUCCCUGUUCCACGAGUGCGCUGUCAACGGCGCACCGGGCCUGCUGUCUGCCGCGCGGCUCGGCCAGGCCCUGCAGCUCUACCUGGCAGUGAUGAACUGCUGGAGCCAGGUGGACUCAGCGGAUGGCGGAGAGGAUGCGCAGCUGGCGACGUGGGUGAAAGCCGUGGAUGCACGGCUGAUCCUGGAGCUGGAGCGGGUGCUGCAGAGCAGCGUAGCGACAGUCGUGCUGUCUGGCCUGCGCCAGCCGCAGGUCGCCAAACUCCUGGCGAGCAGCUGUGCUGGCCUGGGCUGA